GCGGAGGAAGGGGCGGAGCUCGGCGAUCAUGGCUGAGGAGGAAGGAGAAGGAAAUUACCAGGCCUUGCAAACUCUGCAGGAAUUGGUCGAUGGCCUGUACUAUUUCCGGGAUCAUUACUUUGAAAGCCAUGGUGUGGAGGAUGCUGGGCGAAAGCAGCAGGACAUUCUGGAGGAAAUGGAGAAAACGCUACAGCAGAUGGGCGAGAUAGAUGGCUGUUCCCAGGGCCGGGCUCGGGCGCUGAUGCUGAAGGGGAAGGCUCUGAAUGUUAUACCCGACUACAACCCCAAGGCUGAGGAGCUGCUGGCCAAGGCUGUGAAGCUGGACCCGGAGCUGGUGGAGGCCUGGAACCAGCUGGGCGAGACCUACUGGAAAAAGGGCGACAUCACAGCAGCCCACACCUGCUUCUCUGGGGCCCUGGGGCAUCGGAAGAACAAGGUCUCGCUGCAGAAUCUGUCCAUGGUGCUGCGGCAGCUGCGAGUGGAGAGCACAGAGCAGCAUGCCCAGAAUGUCAUGGACAGUGUCCGGCAGGCCAAGCUGGCUGUCCAGAUGGACGUGCGGGAUGGCCGCUCGUGGUAUAUCCUGGGAAAUGCCUACCUCUCGCUGUUCUUCAACACAGGCCAGAACCCCAGUAUCUCCCAGCAGGCCCUAAGUGCCUAUGGCCAGGCGGAAAAGGUGGAUCCUACAGCAUCCUGUAACCCGGACCUGCACCUCAACAGAGCUACGCUGCAUAAAUAUGAGGAGAAUUACACGGAGGCCCUGGAGGGGUUUUCCCGUGCAGCAGCCCUUGACCCAGCCUGGCCCGAACCCCGGCUGCGCCAGCAGCAGCUUCUGGAUUUCCUGGAGCGACUCACCAGCCUCCUGGAGAACAAGGGCAAAGUGAAGGUUAAGAAGCUGCAGAGCAUGCUGGGAAGCCUGCGCCCAUCCCAGCUGGGCCCCUGUGGGGACGGGCAGUACCAGGGGUCCUCAGGCCAGAAGGUGGCACUGGAGCAUCGGCUCCUGAGCGCCCUGCAGCCGGGUGUGAACACUGGGGCCGUAGUGCUCGGCAGGGUGGUCUUCAGCCUCACCACGGACGAGAAGGUGCCCUUCACGUUCGGCUUGGCUGACUCCAAGGGCCCCUGUUUUGCUGUCACUGUCUAUAACAUGGUCCAGAGCUGGGGUGUGCUCAUCGGCGACUCAGUGGCCAUCCCUGAGCCACACCUCCGGCAUCACCACGUCCAGCACCAAGGCAAGAGCUUCUCCUUCCCUGGGAUCCGUGUGGAGACCCCACUCCUGCUGGUGGUGAACGGCAAGAUGCAGGGACCUGGCACCCAGGCGGCAGCUACUGUGGCAUACCGAGCGCAGAGCGAAUGAUGCCGUGGGGAGGGAAUGUGCAAAGAUAGCUCCUUGCCCUCGGAUGCUGCUGCUGGAGGGGUUGGACUUGUCCUGCUGUCUGCUGCCCCCUGGUGGAUCCCAUGACUAUAAUGGCUUGGAGAGGCUUGUGGGGCCAGCAGGGGAUUUACAACUGGGUAUUGAGGCAAAGGAUGGGGACUGAGAAUGGGGUGAUCCCUGCCCCCUACAAAGAGGGACAGAGGUCCCUCUUUUCCCAUUCUCUCUCCACUCAACAUGGUCCUCUUUCCCAUGGCAACGAGCUCUACCCAGGCUCUGCCCCGAUACCCCAAUAAACCACUC